AUGGAUGUCGUCCCCUCACCAGAGUUCCUCGCCGAACGGGACUGGUCCUCCUCGGCUGCUGAUGACCAUGGACAACUCAAAUUCCGCUGGCCAGACUGGUUUAUAGCCGAUUCAUGGCUUCUGCGGCGGGUAGAUCAUGACCAUCGGCAGGGUACUCGCGUGAUGACGGGUCCGGGGACGAAAAAUACCUACUGUCCGCUCCCGAUACCCUCGGUCAGACUGACUUUAGUCGAGACUCCGAGUAGCCAGGGCGAAGGGUACACCACGCGCGUUCCGGCGCCGUCCGGCGGGCUUAAGCACGGAUAG